AUGCAGAGCCCAAGGAACGAUAAUACGGCUUACCAUCGUUUUCCACCCCCAUUAACAUUCACCGUAAAUGAGCUGGCUGCAGCAUUGGGGUUGAUUAGGGAUCAAAGCGACCAGGGAUAUGAUGAUGGUGACCCCCCAGCAUUCACAUUGCGUGAGCUGGGAGGAGCAUUGACGUUAAUCAGUGACCAAAAUGCCAUAUUUGCUGCACACGAUGGACAUGAUUCAGAGGAGCUGCCGAGUCCACAGACUGAAUAUGGAGCAUGCGCGGCAUGCGUUUUCCGGGCACACCGCCACAAUUGCUAUGCUUGUGGUAUAGCAAUCACUUCGAGCCGCGUUGCAACAGGCCUCUCCAAGUCGGAAACCACCGUCACUGGCACCACGAAUCCCACCGCUACCACAUCUGCAACAGAAAGUGAAGCUGCGCAGGAGAGAGGGGGCGACUUUUGUGAUGUAGUAGUUCAAGAACGUGUCAAAUCCCGCACUCGCUGGCGUCGCCGGGGUGGAGCUUCAGAUGAGACACUCGCACUCCUUAAUCAUCUGGACGAUAUCUGGUUCAAUGCUGGUUAUGAACCAGGUUCCAAUCUGUAUCAACGAUUGGAGUCUGAAGGAUUGAAUGCUGUCUGUGCUGCUGACCGUGAAGGAUGGGAUUCACUGAAGCCAGAAUACGAGAACGACGUUCGCGAGGUACGCAAACUCUUGGAGCAAGCACAUGGGUUAUCCACGUCAGCCGGAAGCUUAGAGGGUCCUUAUACCGAGCAACUACGAGUGGGGGCAUGCGAGCAAAUGAUCCAGAAGAUGGACUUAUGUGUAGACUCAUAUUUUGAAGCUCUUCGCAAAGGGACACUUGAUUGGCAAUUAGCGCUUAGCACUGGCAAGUGA